GUUGGGCGCAUCCCUAGUUUGGGUGUGUAUCCACUUUUUUUCAUCAACUUUUGGUUGAUUUAAUUUUGGCCUACAGCGUUCGAGAAAAAAAUAUAUUUAUAUCGGAUUUGCCAGCCAUUAAGAUCCAUCCAAACCAGUACACCCAGAAACAUACGAUAAGAUAAGCCCAAGACCAAGCCAUUAGGCGAAGCCACACAAGCACAAGCACACACCCACCAUCCUGUAAUUGCAUUUCCCAGUAUCCGUAUCACUGAGAACCUUUUCAACCAUAGGCCUAUCCGAGACAGCCAUCAUGGACGUAAUGUCAUCAUCCCUGCAGCAGCAGCGCAUCGUGGUGGAGCAGCUGCGUCGCGAAGCAUCCAUCGAUCGCCAGACCAUCUCGGAGUCGUGCGCCAAGAUGAUGAAGUAUAUCACGGAGCACGAGCAGGAGGACUACCUACUGACUGGGUUCACCAGCCAGAAGGUGAAUCCGUUCCGCGAGAAGUCGUCGUGCACCGUCCUCUAAGGAGGCGGUUGUCGCCAGGAGAGAGGAAGGCCCGUUGGUGCAUUGGAGCCGAGGAUAUGCGGCGGACGUUUAGUUUAUUUUUAGUUUAGCAAGAUGGAUUAAGACGCGAAUGUGUGUGAAGUACAACGUUACCAGUACCAGUCAACGCCACAUGGAUCAAUAUAUCUUUGUCUAAAGGCAACAAUAACUACGAUUGUCAUAAGCAAUAUAGUUAAAAGAAGUUUGAAUUCCAAUUAAAAGGAAUAUAUAUUAUAUAUAACCGAUAUAUCAAUGUGUACCAUUCACGUUAACAAGUAAUGUCCGAAAAAAACACAAAUUCGAAUCAAAAUCUAAAUCGAAGCAUUUGUUCCAAAGAUAUCAGAGUUGUUUCCUUCCCGAUUAUUAACGCUGUUAAUGUACACGAAAUUCCCAACUAUAACGACAAUUAAUUAACCGAAACACAUAUAUAUUCAAAGUUAUCCACAUAAUCCGACAUACAAAUUAUUCAAUAAACUUAACUCAACCGAAACAGAAAUACA